AUGGAGCCCACACAGAGCAGUGCGGCUGGAUCACCCCUGCAGACAGCCUCCAUCUCUGCCUCUGUCCCCGCACACAUUUGUCGAAACGCGGCUUUGUUUUUCCUCCAGAGCGGCGUCUCCAUUGCGGAGGAACACAGCCGAGUCUGGGCGUCUGUCCGCGGGAUACGAACACACGACCUCCCCGCUCUCUGCCGCCCUGGGCCAUGGAGGAUGCUCUCGGAUGGAUCCUUCUGCACGGAGGACAUGGAGUUUUGGAAAAAGCUGAAUCCACGCCUUGUAGGCGGGACGCUGCAAGUGUCAGAGCUGCUGCUGGGCCUGGAGCUCAGAGCUGCUGCUGGGCCUGGAGCUCACAGCUCAAUGAGGCGAUCGAUGCAACACGUUUUAACUGAGGUUGAUAUGCUAGAAAGAGAGUCCCAGCCAGAGUCCCAGCCAGAGUCCCAGCCAGAGUCCCAGCCAGAGUCCCAGCCAGAGUCCCAGCCAGAGUCCCAGCCAGAGUCCCAGCCAGAGCUCCAGCCAGAGCUCCAGCCAGAGUCCCAGCCAGAGAUCCCAUGA